GAAGCAGCGGCAUUGCAAAAAGCGCGCGAAGAGCGUCGUCGAUUGUCAGAUUCACAUCGCAACCCGCCAAAACGGCAAGGUGACAUAUUAAACAGAGAAACCAGAGAGUCCUAUAGAGCAAGUGAAAUGAUAAAAUCUCUAGCUAAUAUAACUGCCAGACAGAAAAAACACGAUUAAAUGGAAGCUAAAGCAAAGGUUCAUGUUGAGGAAGAUUUGAAAUUGAGUGGCUCUGAACAACUAACGCUCGCCACUCGGGGGUAUAAAAUGAUAAAGAAAAUAAACGAAGGCUCCUAUGCUAAGGUUUAUCUCGCCGAAUACAGAAAUCCUAAUAAAAAGGAUCGUUUGUCAGUUCUCGCUUGUAAAAUCAUAGACACCAAUACGGCACCAAAAGAUUUUGUUAAGAAGUUCCUACCGAGGGAGAUAGACAUGCUAAUCAAGUUGAACCACCCUCAUCUCGUGCAUACUCACAGCAUCUUCCAAAGACGAUAUAAAUACUUCAUAUUCAUGCGUUACAUGGAACACGGGGAUUUGUUAGAGCAUGUUUUGCAAAAAGGUGCCGUUCCAGAGGACCAAGCCAGAAUUUGGACGCGUCAGCUCGCUCUCGCUAUUCAAUAUAUGCACGAGUUGGAAAUAGCACACCGCGAUAUCAAAUGUGAGAACGUCCUACUCACCGCUAACCAAAACGCGAAAUUAUCAGACUUCGGUUUUGCCAGGAUGUGCGUGGACAAACGAUUCAAAGACAUUCCCAGCGAAACGUUUUGUGGUUCGCUCUCAUACACUGCUCCAGAGAUUUUACAAGGAUCGCCCUACUACCCUAAGCCCACUGAUAUUUGGUCCCUAGGCAUUGUACUGUACGUUAUGCUUAACAGGGCGAUGCCAUUUGAAGAUAAGCAUAUAAAGCAAUUGUACCAAGCUCAGAUAAACAAAAGUUGGAGAUUCCGAUCGCGAUACAAAGAAUCGCUUUCAGAGAAUUGUAAACGCCUCGUAAAUUUAAUGUUAGAACCGAAUUACAGAAAUAGAAUCAAAGUGGAUAAUAUCAUUAACGGCGCAUGGAUCGCUAUGGAUUCGAGAUUGUUGGAGUGGAAUACACAAGAAACAUCAGCGUUUAACAAAGCACGAGAAGAGAAGAUUUUAAGCAUGCAGAAGGUGGAAGUGACAGAGCCUCUUAAACAGGAAAAGGAGACAUCAUGCCUUCCCGACCAAUCUCUAGUUAAAGCUACGUAUGAUAUAGAAGAUUCUACAUCCUCUUGACAGAGAGACCGCGACGUCCUAAGCGAGACGUACUGUGGUUCGCUGUCGUACGCCGCACCAGAAGUGUUAAAAGGCGUACCGUACCUCCCGAAACUUGCGGAUAUGUGGU